AUGCCUGAUAGAUCUCAUCAUAAUCCUAUUCCAGGUGAGAUUCCUGUUCCUCACGGUGUUCAAGAGUAUGACACUGUUGAUGGUAGAAUCAUCAAUGACAUUGAUGAUUUCCAAUACACUGACAAGUCCGAAAAGGAGAUUUUCGCUUACUUGUUGCAACCUGCUGAUGCCUAUACUCCCGAGGGUGUCUACUGGGCCGAUUUGCCUUUUGGCAAAAAGGUCAGCUUCGUUACCUCUGUCGACAGUGCUGAGGCUAAGAAGGAGUUGAAGACCAUUGGUCGUAUGUUCAAGGAGGACCCUCUUUCUCCUGUUGCUUGGUACUUUAGAAACUGUGUCCUUCCUGGUGCCGGUCUUGGUCUCGAAGGUUACGUUUUGUUCUCUAUUGGUAAUGUUUCUUCUCUUUUCUCUGCUGCUUGGCCCGAAUGUUGGGGUUCCAAGGCUACCGUCUGUAACAAGAACUGGAUUGCUGCUGUCUCUUACCUUGAAAUUGUCGGUAUUAUUUUCGGUCAAGUCAUUGUUGGUUUCAUUGGUGACGGUAUUGGACGUAAGUGGGGUCUUAUUCAAGAUGCCUCGAUCAUGUUUAUCGGUUUGAUCAUGUUGACUGCUUCUUGGGGUGUUACCCUUAACGGAUGGGUCAUCUGUUACGCCUGGUCUUUGUUCUUCUACUCCGUCGGUGUCGGUGGUGAAUACCCCAUGACUGCCACCUCUGGUAUGGAGAGAGGUACUCGUUCUGUUUUCACUUCUGCUGAUGACCGUCUCCACAGAGGUAGAAAGGUCUUGCAAGCUUUCUUGAUGCAAGGUUGGGGUCAAUUCUUCAACCAAGUUAUCUUGAUCCUUCUUUUGCUUAUCUUCCACCACGGUUCCGGUAACCCUCCUUACUCCAAGGUCGCUGUUCAAUGGACUUUCCGUAUCGCCUUUGCUAUUCCUGCAAUUGGUACUUUGUGGUUGGUCUACUACCGUGCCUACAAGAUGCCUUAUCCUUCCAAGGAUCUCGAGGCUGUCAAGAAGAAGUCCAAGGUCACUGGUUACGAUGUUGAGUCUCUUAAGCUCGUCCUUAAGUACUUCGGUCCCCGUCUUUUGGCUACCACUGGUGCUUGGUUCGCUAACGAUGUUUUCUUCUAUGGUAACAAGCUUUUCCAGGGUCAAUUUAUUGCUGUCAUUGCUCCUAAUGACAAGUCGGUCAUCCUCGGAUGGUUGUACAACCUUAUCAACAUUGGUGUCUCCCUUGCUGGUUACUACCUUGCCGCUUUCCUCAUUGACAACAAGCUUUACGGUCGUAACCGUAUGAUGCAAGUCGGUUUCCUCAUGGAUUUCAUUCUUUUCGUCAUCCCUGCCUUCCACUACAAGUACUACACUGCUCCUGAGAACGUUGCCAAGUUCCAAACUAUGUACUUCUUGUCCUCUUUCUUCAACCAAUUCGGUCCUAACGCUGUUACUUUCUUGGUUGCUGCUGAGGUCUACCCUACUCAAGUUCGUGCUACUGCCCACGGUAUCUCUGCUGCCUGUGGUAAGCUCGGUGCUCUUUUCGCCUCUGUUGUCUACUCUUACAUCAGCGUUCAAACCCGUUUCUACCUUGUUCCUUGGUUCGGUUUGGCCGGUAUGCUUGUCACCUUUGUCUUCAUGCCCGACACCACUGGUCUUGAUCUUAGAGAACAAGACCGUCGUUUCCAAUUCAUCCGUGAGGGCCGUGACCACGAGUACCACGGUAUUGCCGUUCACCCUCAACACUUGUCCCUUUGGGAGCGUUUCAGAGGUGUUGGCAAGAACUACAACCCCGAACUUGACUACAAGCAAAAGGUCGAUGAGCUCAGAAGCGACUGGGAGGAGAGACAAAAGCUCAAGGCUGCUGAGGGCGACAAUGCUUCUAACGACGAGGAACUUACUGGUGACUACUCCCCUGAUGUGCACCAAUACUUCGUCCGCACUUCUCCUUUGCUCACUGCUAACAAGCAAGGUGUUGAGGACAACCUCAAGCUCCCUGAGGCUGCUACUAACGAGAAGCUCUAA